AUGAGCCAAGUAAAAAUUAUAAGUUAUUUCCGUAUCAUAGGCGGGGGUCAGUUCCAAACCGUGCUACCUGAAGAGAAUCCGGAUCUUGACAAUUCGGUAAUUUAUAUUUCGGGGAAUUAUCAACAGAUUGGAUCACGUCAAAUUAAAAAAUUUCGAGGUGCUGUAACUUUAACUCCCCUACUGGAUGACCGGUUCGAAAACAUUUCGACUGAUGAAAUCUUCGGUGAUUUAUCGAUGAUUGAGACGCCCACGACUUCCAUGCUAUCAACUUUUGAAACCAGAGCCGAAGACCUAGAACCAUCCACUUCCGAGCUACCACCUUCUGGAACCACAGCCGAAGACCUAGGACCAUCCACUUCCAUGCUAUCAACUUUUGAAACCAGAGCCGAAGACCUAGAACCAUCUACUUCCGAGCUACCACCUUCUGGAACCACAGCCGAAGACCUAGGACCAUCCACUUCCAAGCUAACACCUUCUGGAACCAAAGCCGAAGACCUAGAACCAUCCGCUUCCGAGCUACCACGUUCUGAAACCAGAGUCGAAGACCUAGAACCAUCCACUUCCGAGAUACCACCUUCUAGAACCAGAGCCGAAGACCUAGGACCAUCUACAGAGCUUGUCUCACCCCCUGAAAAUGAAGGCAGAGUCAUCAGAUCUGCAAGCGAUCUAUUUUUAUCUGAUGAAGAUACCGAAAUUUGCAACUACCAGAGACAAUUAGGUGCAUUUCUUGAAAUAAACAAUCAGUUUUGGGAUCAAACUUUAAAACUACAAAACAAUUUAAAGAAAAAAUUGUUUAAAUACGAAACGAAAGUUUCACGCAUCAAAAAGCGUACAAACAAACUCAUUAAAUAUGGUGAGAUGGCAAUAAAUUUAAAAACUUUGUACAAAGAUAUAAAUAAAUAA